AUGGGAGCUGAAAGUGCGAGUAAAGUGCUAGAAGGGCUGCUAAAACAGGGCGCGGAGGGUAAACUGUACACCGCCAGCUACAAAGGUAGCCUCUGCCUGGUAAAGGAACGGUUCGAGAAGAAAUACCGACAUCCGCAGCUUGAUCGACAGCUUACCCGGCAGCGGAUCAAAGCGGAACAGAAAGCUUUUCAACGGUGCGCAACAGCUGGCGUCGAAACACCGGCCCUGCUCGGAGUCGAUCUAGAUGAACGAAAAAUCUACAUGGAAUACCUGGAGAAAGCCAUAACAGCAAAACAGUUUAUCGAUGAAUGGAUGGCAACGUCCGAUGAAUCAGCAACGACAAAAUCGGAGUCGCCCAAACUGAAGAAGCUGGCCGAACAGAUUGGUCGAAUUGUUGGGGUACUGCAUCGAAACAACAUCAUCCACGGCGAUCUGACGACCUCCAACAUACUGCUUGAUCCUCUAGAAGGCGACGAUUGCCUCCCGUACCGCUUGGUGACGAUCGACUUUGGCCUUUCGCAUUUUAGUGACAGCGCGGAGCACAAGGGAGUGGAUUUGUACGUCCUGGAACGGGCAAUUUCGAGUGCACACAGUCAGCUACCGUCGCUGUUUGGGAUGAUUCUCGAAAGCUAUCGUUCGCACAACACGAAUCGAUGCGAUGAAACCAUUGCCAAGUACGAAGAAGUCCGAGCACGGGGCCGGAAGCGCACGAUGGUUGGAUAAUUGGCUGACUUUUAUUGCAACAUCGAACAUGUGUAGAUACGUUUACCCGUGUACGGCUCGGCCGUCAACAAUAAAAUAAAAAAAACCUU